ACAUCGCUGUUAUACAGUCGUUGUAUUCAUAGCACAGGAUCAUAUACGUCCACGUCAUGCCCUUGCUUCGGCCAACAGGGCUCCCUCUGUUCCUCGUCCGGUCCAUUCACACCACCCGACCUCGAAACAGAGACGUCCUUGCGCGGUACGCACUCCCUGCAGGUUGGCCUGCUGGGUUGAUCAGACCCGAUAGUCAACAUGGUCAGCAGCACGAAGAUAGUAGGAAAGGCCGCGAUGAUAGUUUGGGAAGUGGGCGCUCGAGAAACGACGGAGUCAGGGGCGAGGGUGGAAAACAAGAGACGUUCGGGUCGAUGGCUACCAACCCGGCCAUAGCUUCUAUCCAGGACGUACCCGCACCAACAGCGUCGGAUUCCCCAUCCAGAUUGAAGUCGAAAUCGGCUGGUCAGGAGCUCAAAGACGAACUCGACAUUCCCACUCAGCCUGUACCGGCCAUGACCGCUACCACCACUACCAUCGGAAACGCUGAUGAAUCCACCUCAGACGGACGGACAAGAACGAGACCCCUGGAAGGAGAGCGCACAGAACCUAUAACCGUAGCCGGGGUGUUUAUCCCUGUCAAACCUAAACCUCCGGGAGAAGAAGACUGCUGCAUGUCAGGCUGCGUUAACUGUAUCUACACGAUCUACACGGACGAGACCCUCGAAUACAAUCAAUCCAUCAUGGACGCCAUCUCCGCCCUCAGGACAUCCGGUAUUCCACGGUCAGAAUGGCCAGCCGAAGUCAGAGAGAAGGCGGGUAAGGAGAGGGUCAAUGGCGCUGGUGAAGUCGGGAUCGAGGGGUCGAGGGAGGAGGUCAGGAAGGAGGUUUUGAAAGGGUUGGAUCCUAGUCUGAGAGCGUUCUUGGAGAUGGAAGCCAAGUUGAAAGCCAAGAAGGACAAGAGCAAGGUCUGAUUGACCGCUGAACAUUCCGUCUGUUCCACGACCAUCACCGGAACUACGUCCGAGAGGACCUGGGGAGAUUGCUCUUUCUCGUCGGCAUGGCCCUUGACUGUGGAGUUUCCCGUGGUCUG